UAAUUGGACAUGCUGGAAGUUUGGCAUCAUACCCAGAUAGCGCUAAAGCUAUCAAAGACAUUUUGGUGUCUGUUCUAAGUGCAUCUGGUCUGAAGCCCUCCCUGCUGUCAGAGCACGCCAGCAUGCAGGGAGCUGAGCACCCUGACAGCGACCUGGAGCGAUGGGAGGAAAGCAGCGACGGGGAGAACGAUGACGACACUGACAGUGAUUCUGCACAUCAGAGCACUGCCUGCACACAAACAGACGUUAGGUUUACACGGCACGGAGCCUGCUGGGACAAUACAAACUGUGAUUCCUCUAGACCUGCCCUGGAUACUUUCUUUCAUCCAUGUUAUUCUGACAAGGAUCCUGCUACUUCCUCCCUGAAUGGUUUCACUCUGUCAGAGAUAUCCCCUCUGAAGCGAGACUGCUUUACACAAGUGACGUUAACGGGAGGCACUGUCACUUCAGCUGUUGUGCAUCCUGAAAAAGAAUGCCAGAAUAUUUUCCCUGAACAAGACUUGGCUUUAACAAGGCUUCCUCCGGAUUCAACUGUUAGUAAGCCAACAGAUCUAUUUAAAUACCCUGCUGCUUCAGAGCCUGCAAAAGUCAGCAAUGCUGACAGCAGUUCUCCCAGUACAUCUUCCCAGUUGGAGCCAUUCAAUCAAACAGGUUCCCUUUUGAACAUAAGUGCUGUACCCUUGAAUCGUACAUUGCAAGACAUCUUUGUGCUUCCAGAAGAUGUGGAGAAGGAGAAUGCCCACUUCUUCGUUGCGGAUAUGAUUAUAGCAUCCCUGGAAAAGAUGAAAUGUAAUAUCCUAAGCCAGCAAGCAGAGUCUUGGGGUAUGGAUGAAACGAGCGGGUCAGAUGGCAGCUAUCACACUGAUUCAGAGUUAUCUUCUUAUCCUGGAGAAAAGAAGUCUGAUUCUUCUGUUGCCUCCACAGACAGCGGUUAUGAAGGCUGUGCCCUGCUGAUGGGCAGCUCCUCAGUACAUCUACCUCUGCAUCAUGAAGCUACUGGACUUCCUUGCCAUAGUGACUCAGAGGAUGAAUAUGUCAUUAUUGAACUUGAACACCUUGAAAAUCUGUCUGUGACCUCAAAUGAAAGAUCGUCUUUUGAACCAGGCAGCAAUUCUGCUGAAGCAACAGCUCAGGAAUUGUGCAGAGCUUUCAGAAAACACUGGUUGCAAACAGAAUCUGCAGUGCAACUGUCUGGGUGCCCGAGCUCAUCUAAACAGAAGUCUGUGAAAGAAGAGAUUCCAAGAGAGCUUGAGUCCAGUUUGAAUCUGGCUGAAGAAAUAAAGCUGCUGUCCAAAUUAAGAGGAUCUUCUGGCUGGUCCCCACCAAGAUCUCAGAUUAUAUUUAGCAUUCACCCUUCAGUCAAGAGAGAUGCAGUGGUUGCUGCCCAAAACUUUACAUGUGUUGGUUGUGGAACUCCAAUAGAAAGCAAAUAUAUCAGGAGACUCCGCUACUGUGACUACCUGGGGAAAUACUUUUGUGACUGUUGCCACAGUUAUGCUCAGUCUGCAAUUCCUGCUCGAAUACUCAUGAAGUGGGACUUCAAGAAAUAUUACGUAUGCAACUUUUCCAAACAUCUCCUGGACAGCAUCUGGCAGCAACCGAUUUUCAAUGUGUCAUCUAUCAACAAAGCCCUCUAUACAAAAUCUAAGGAAAUGGACAGAGUGAGGGAGACACAAGAACAGCUUUUUCAUUUAAAGAAGCUUUUGAAAACCUGCAGGUUUGGUGAAAGUGUACUGAAAGAAUUUGAACGGGUCCCCAGCCAUCUGACAGAGGAGUUGCAUCUUUUCUCAUUGGAUGAUCUGGUGAAGAUCAAACGAGGGCAGUUACUGCCCCUUCUUAAAGAAAUUUUGAAGAGCUCCACCUCUCAUGUUGAUGGCUGUGAGCUCUGUCAAGCAAAGGGAUUUAUCUGUGAAUUCUGUCAGAGUGCUGAUCUGCUCUUCGCAUAUCAGAUUUCCAAAUGCAAAAGGUGCACAGGUACGUUCCAAAGCAAACACUUUUCCUCCUUCCUUGUGUAAAGCUGUUCCAACUGCUAUUGUAGGAAAAGACUGAGAACUUGUGUGUAUAUUUGCAAACUGUGGAUAGUGUGCAUGUUUGAGAACCAGCCUGUGGUGGCUGUCUUGCACCAGUAAAUUCAAAUUCAGAGAGUAAAAACUGGGACUUGCCUGAUCAUAACUACAGCUGCAGGGGGAGGUUGGAUCAGUGCUGUCCUGCUGCUAUAUCACAUUUCACCAACAUUCACUGUAAAUCCUGGGAAUCUUACCAAAACAGUUCGUCGUAGUUGUUACAGUGGUUAUUGUUGCCCUGGUUUUAUGCUGCUUCUGUUUACUUUCACACUUGGGUGAACUAGGCAGAACAUUCUUAAAGGAAUGUAGCUACUAA